UCGGUAUCUGCUCUUUUCAGGAGGAAUCUUAGCAAAUGCAAUAUAUGGUGGUUAUAGCUGUUAUUGUCCAAGUAAUAUUAAUACAUAGUUAUUUGGUUGUGUUCUUGCCAUGUAGGUAACAUAUUACGUGACGUUUCGAAUUUAGCAUAGUAGAAUCAGGGGGUGGGUUUGCCUGCCAGGCUCUACCUUGGACAGCUCUCACUGCUGUUACCAGGCAGACAUAGUUCCAACAUGGCAGCAACGGGGAACGCAGAAGAGACGCAGUUGCAAGAGAUGGAGGAAGAGGCAGGGAUGGAGAGAGAAAUGGAUUCAGAUGAAGAGGAGGGUAUGGGAAUCGAAAACUCCGACGACGAAGAAGACGAUUCGUCAGAAGAUGAUAAAGAGAAUGAAGCCGAAAUUCAGCGUUUGGAGGAGCAGCUGUCCAUCAAUGCUUUUGACUACAACUGUCAUGUGGACCUCAUAAAACUCCUGAGGCAGGAGGGGGAGCUGCCUCCACUGCGUAAGGCAAGGCAGAAGAUGAGUGAGCUCUUCCCACUGACUGAAGAGAUAUGGCUGGACUGGCUCAAGGAUGAGAUCCGCCUAACCGAGGAGGAGCAGAACCGGGAGAAAGUCUACGAGCUCUUUGAGAUGGCUGUGAAAGAUUAUAUCUGCCCUGAAAUCUGGCUGGAGUAUGCCCAGUACUCUAUCGGGGGCAUGGGAUUGCCUGGUGGGAUGGAGAAGGUGAGGUCCAUCUUCGAGAGAGCCCUGACAGCCGUGGGGCUGCACAUGACCAAGGGGGCAACUCUGUGGGAGGCCUACAGGGAGUUUGAGAACGUCAUACUGGCAACUGUUCAGCCUCCCCCUGGCAUUGUCCCCACCUGCGAGCAGCAGGAGCUUCUGAACGCUCAGCUCGAACGCAUCCACACUCUUUUCCGCCGCCAGCUGGCCAUCCCCUUAAUGGACAUGGAAGGAACAUAUGCAGAGUAUGAGGAGUGGUCUGACCAGGGGGUGUCUGAUACAGUCUCCCAGAAGUACAAGAGGGCCCUGCAACAGAUGGAGAAGAGCAAGCCUUAUGAGGAGACUUUGAUGGCAGCCGAGCCACCCAAGCUAGCAGAAUAUCAGACCUAUAUUGACUAUGAGCAAAAGGAGGGUGACCCGGCACGGAUCCAGAUCAUCUUUGAGCGGGCACUGGCAGAGAACUGCCUGGUACCAGACAUGUGGGCCAAGUACACCAAGUACCUGGAUCGUCAACUAAAAAUCAAAGACCUGGUCCUGUCCUCUCACGACCGUGCGGUCAGGAACUGCCCCUGGACCGUGGGCCUGUGGAAGAACUACCUGCUUGCCCUGGAGAGGCAUGGGGCUGACCACCACACUAUCUCAGACGUUUUUGAAAAGGCCCUGAAUGCCGGAUUCAUACAGGCUACAGAUUAUGUUAAUAUCUGGGAAGCGUACCUCGAUUACCUGAGGCGGCGUGUCGAUUUCAGCAAAGGUGAAAGCACCUUAACAUUGGAGUCGAGCAGAGAGCUGGAGGAGCUGCGGGCAGCCUUCACCCGUUCUCUAGACUAUAUGAAACAGGACGUGGAAGAGAGAUUUAGUGAAAGUGGAGACCCUUCCUGUACCAUCAUGCAGGUCUGGGCAAAGAUAGAGGCCCUGCAUUGUAAGAACAUUCAGAAAGCUAGAGAACUGUGGGACAGCAUCAUGACAAAAGGGAAUGCCAAAUUCGCCAACAUGUGGCUGGAGUACUAUAACCUGGAGAGGUCGUACGGAGAUGCUCUUCACUGCAGGAAAGCCCUCCACAGGGCCGUCCAGUGUACCUCCGACUACCCUGAGCAUGUGUGUGAGGUCCUGCUCACCUUUGAGAGGGUUGAGGGGUCUCUGGAGGACUGGGAUGCAGCGGUGCAGAAGACUGAGACGAGGCUGAACAGAGUAAACGAGCAGAGGGCCAAGGUGGCAGAGAAAGAGGCUCAUCUGGUCCGACAGGAGGAGCAGAAGACUGAACAGCGGCGGAGGGCCAAGGCAGACAAGAAGAACCAAAAGAAGGGACAGAAAGGCAGCAGGCCUGGGGAGAAGAGGAAGGCAGAGGAUGAGGAUAACGAGAAUGAGUGGGGGGAGGAAUCGGAGCAACCUCCAAAGAGGCACCGAGGGGAGGGCAACCAGGGCAGCUUCAGGGGAGGAGGUGCUGAGGAGUAUAUGGAGACAGAGAGUGGACUGUUUGGGAGGAGAGCCCCCCCUUGCCGCAGACAGGAACCCCCUGGUGCUAAGAGGGGCCAACAGAUGGCACCAGCCACCGUACGGAAGACCCAGGAAGACAACCCUGAACAACGCAAGGAUGACUGCAGUGUGUUUAUCAGCAACCUGGCCUUCAGCAUGGAGGAUCCAGAGAAGAGACUGAAGGAGUUGUUUGAGCCCUGUGGUCCUGUCCAGUCGGUGCGCCCCGUCUAUGCUGCCAAGGGCUUCAGAGGGUACUGCUACGUACAGUUUGAGGGCAAGACGUCCGUGCCCGAGGCCCUGAAGAUGGACCGGCGUGAGGUCGAUGGCAGGCCAAUGUUCGUAUCGCCUUGUGUGGAUAAAAACAAGAACCCUGAUUUUAAGGUGUUUAAGUACAACACAAACCUAGAGAAACACAAGAUCUUUAUCUCGGGCCUGCCCUUUUCCUGCACCAAGGAGCAGCUGGAGGAGCUGUGCAAGGAUCAAGGCACCAUCAAAGACAUCCGCCUGGUCACCAACCGCUCAGGCAAACCCAAGGGUCUGGCGUACGUGGAGUUUGAACAUGAGGCUCAGGCCUCCCAGGCCGUGCUGAAGUUGGAUGGCACGGUACUACAGGAACACACACUCUCUGUUGCCAUUAGCAACCCACCUCGCAGAAAUGCAGCCGACAAGCCUGACUUCAGCAGGCCCAUGGGAGCCAUGAUGCCCCGGGCUAUGGUCUAUGGAUCGAGGGGAAAAGGGCGAACCCAACUCUCACUAAUCCCUCGUUCCCUACAUCGGCAGACUGGAUCAGAAAGUAAAGCAGAAAAUGGGACUGCACCUAAACCCACAGGGGGUGCAUCCGGAGACGCUGGGUUUGAAGCACAGGCCAAGCCCAUGUCCAAUUCAGACUUUGCCAAAAUGCUUCUCAGAAAGUGAAAAUUAUGGAAAAACGAAAGUAAAUCAAAUGACUGCCUUUUGUAUGGAAAGCCAUCUUGGGUCCUUGAGAAGAAAUGGCAGAUCUUGUGCUGUUUGACUCCCCUUUAAUCACUCCCAUGGCCUCAUUCUCCUUGUCACUUUUUGUGAGAAAGCCUUAAUCUCCCUGGCUCCUUCGACUGGCCCCAAACUCCAUAUUACCAUCCUUUUGAACAGUGAUUGAUUGAUAUUCCUUUUGAACAAUGAUUGAUUCAUAUUCAUUUUGAACAAUGAUUGAUUCAUAAAAAGUGUGAGUGACCAAUUUCGUCUUGCUUUUUUUAGAUUGGAAAAGGUGUUUUUAUAGAAGACAUAACGUGUAAAUUAUUUUUUUCUGAAUUGAGAAAAGGGUUCUGAGUUUAGUAUUUUUUUUGUUGUUAACUGCUAAAACAACCCAGCUUGUGAAUUAUGUUUCUUGUUGUUUUUAAAAAGUAUAUGCAAGAGCUUGACAUUUGAGAUGUUAUAGAUUAUGUAUUACAACAAUGAAAAUAAUUUCCCCCCAUUUGUGUUUAAGUGUCACACAUUAUGAAUAUCUUUGUGUAUCUAGAGUGAUAUUCUAUCGAAUCCUGGUGUAAUUUCAUGUUUAUCUGAGCUAUGCGCCGUUCAAGCAGGCAGAAAUACAGCUGGUAUGAUGCGUUUUGCAUCAGAUGCACAAAAGCAAUAUAACAUUUAGAAUGGGUGAAUCUUUCCUCUAAGGUAUCUUCAAUGUCAACAUGCCACUAAAAUCUUUUGCGUCCCUUACAGGGCAGCUAACAUGCAACGAUAUUUGUUCCCAAACAGUGAAAGACUAAUGCUUCGCUUUACAGAAUAUUACCUUAAACGGCAGUUGUACAAAUAAUUUAUUUUCAGAUGUACACCUAAUUCCUUACCUUUUCUGUGCUCACAUUUACAAUGUAGUUUUCAAAAGUCUCUGUUCAUAGGAAACAAAAAAGGAAAGGCAUGUAUCAUCUAUAGCUGUUAAAAUCCUUUAUCCUUCAUCUAUAGCUGUUAAAAGUUUUAUUGCUGGCACUGUAAUUUAACAGGUAGUCGUGUGCAUGUCAUUAACCCAGCGCCCCAUUUGGUUUGCUUAUCAUGUUUAGGCUGUCUUACCUGAAAUGAUUGAAGGGAGGACAUUUUUGUUCUACAUUGUAUGUCAUAUUUUCCUUAGAUUGUUUCCAAUUUACUUCCAGGUAAGUUAGUUUCUUAAAUACCUUAACCAUCUGUGGAAGUCUUGAGAUGGGUAGGGAAUGAAGAACUGACAGUUUGGAGAAGCUGUCAUCCUAGUAUUGUAAUGAGUACUGUCCACAAGUGAAUCAACUGUUGUUGGGAGAAAAAUCUAUGCAGCUGUUUGAUUGCAAGAGCCCUCCAUCAAAUCUGCCCUACAAUAUAUGUUCCGUAUGUGAUAACAUCAUGGGAAAGCAGGUUUAUACUUAAUUCAGAACUGUCUCCUUUUCCUUUCAAAUCAAUCCUGUUUGGAUGAGUGGGGAACGUCAAAUGUGUGUUCAGACUCCCAGUGGUUGACCAUAGUUUUGUAAUACAUUUGUUUGUUUUGAGAAUUAUUAGCUAUAUCUAUCAAUGUUCUAUCACCACAGUGGCCUAAUCCAGGGUUUCCCAAACUUCAUCCUGCUCCCCCCCGGUGCACAUUUGUUUUCUCUCUAGCACUACACAGAAGAUUCAAUAACCAACUCAAGCUUUGAAUCAGCUGUAUCGUGCUAGGGGAAUAAACAAAACGUGCACCCAGGGGGGCCCCAGGACCGGGUUUGGGAAACCCUGGCCUAAUCUAGUUAGACUACAAAUGUUUGAACUUUAGAAGUUGCUUUCUGUUUCGUCCAAUACAAAAAUAUGGGGUGUGUCAUUUUAAAAUGUUGUCAUGGUGUUUAUUUUAUUAGAACAAAUGUAAACUAAAUUAUCAAUGCAACUUUCUGAGAUUGUACGUGGUCUAUUUUUCUGUGAUUUUAUUUACUACUUAUUUGGAUGUUGUAAAAUUGCCAUCUUGUGGUUUGUUGCUGUUUUGGCCUAAAGUUUAUUAAAACAAUUCAAAUAA